ACGCUCUAGGUCGGUUUCAGUUCAGUGAGAAAACGUCAAUGCAUCAGUUGCCCGAGCUGUCUGUUCAGCUAACCUAGGAGUCUACUAUUUUGAAAUAUAAUUUUUAAGUUGAUUCUUUGCGUCUUCGUUGAGCUCGUGAUAGAAAAUUAUCGUAUCAAAAGUGGACAAUGAAUAACGAAGAAGUUGUACUGAAAGUAAUAUCGACUUCGAAUUCGAUUAAACUCGGUUCCUUGUUUCCGAUAAGAUAUCUCGAUUACGAGAGAAGUAUUUUGUUCAUUUCAUUACAGUCAUUUAAAAUUUCCACUAAAUCAAAUGGCGACAUGAUCCGGUUGCUUUGUAUUUUAUUCGCGUUCUACGGGUCGGCCAUUUCUCAGACAACGGUGGACACUCCCAAUGGAAAAAUUCAAGGAAAAACAGAGACGACCUCAUCGAAUUACACUUUCUAUUCCUUUAGUGGUAUUCGAUACGGAAGACCACCCGUGGGCGAAUUGAGAUUUAAGGCGCCCAAAGCUGUAGAACCUUGGACGGGGGUUUACGAUGCCACCGCCGAGAAGAACAUCUGCUUUCAAGUACCCGGCAACUCUAAUACGGAAAAUGAAGACUGUCUAUUUUUACACGUCUACACCCCCAGAAUAUCCGACACCCUAUUGCCCGUAAUGUUCUUCAUACACGGUGGUGGUUUCGUGGAAGGAGCGAGCGGCCGCAACGGCCGCUAUGGACCAGACUUUUUUAUGGAGUACGAUGUCGUAUUGGUCACCAUUAACUAUCGUCUGGGUCCCUUCGGAUUUUUCUCUACUGGUGAUGAUGUAAUUCAAGGAAACGCCGGUUUAAAAGACCAAACUCUGGCGCUACAAUGGGUUCAACAGAACAUCAAGUACUUUGGAGGUGAUCCAAGUAAAGUGACAAUAUUUGGACAAAGUGCCGGUUCGGCGUCCGUCUCUUAUCAUAUCUUAAGUCCCAAAUCUGCAGGUUUAUUUAGGGCGGCCAUAUUGGAGAGCGGUUCCGCGCUUAGUCCUUGGGCGUAUCAGCGUGAUCAAAGGGCCUAUACGUUCCGAACGGCGGCCCUCCUCGACCCCAAAUUCAUCAGCUCGAACGACUCAAAACAAGUUCUCGAUUUUUUACUUAACGCAACAGCCAGAGAUAUCGAUGGGGCGUCGCAACAAAUCUACAAUUUGGAAAGUCCGGGUAACAUGCAACUUCAACAGGGUUUUUAUUACGCGCCGGUUAUCGAACCCGAUAAUGAAGACGCCUUCCUGACAACAGGAAUGUACGAAGCUAUUAGGGAUGGCAACUUUAACAAAGUCCCCGUUAUUAUUGGUAUGAAUGCAGAGGAAUGCAUUAAUCAGUAUAAUUCUCAUAUCAAGGACGUAACUGAUGCUUUCGAUAAUAAUGAAUCGUUACUUUUACCACUUAAUAUGCAUCUCGUCGAGAGCAAUGAGAACAGAUCUACUGUCAUUAAAUACUUGCAAGAUUUUUAUUCAAUUUCGGCAAAUAUCGAUUACCACGACCAAAUUGUGGGAACCGUAAGGUACCUCACGGAUCAGUGUUUCGCCAGGUCCAUUAUUAAGCAUGCUCAACUUCAGGCUCCGUUUGCGGAUACAUACUUUUACAUUUUCGCAUAUGACGGAGACAUGGGAGAUUAUACCGGAAAACUGGCAGGUACAGGCAACGUUACCCAUUCGGAAGAAUUAAAUUACAUAUUCUCGAGAACUUUAAAAUACAGCUUAAAGGAUAAUACAAACUUGAGCCAAUUUAGUCAAGCCGAUCAAAAUACGCAUUAUAGGCUAAUGAAGUUAUGGACAAAUUUUGCCAAAUACUUAAACCCAACACCAGACCGGGAUUCGCUAUUGGAACUAGUGGAUUGGCCGAAGGUGGAUGUUUCCAAUGGUGAACUACAAUAUUUGGAUAUCAACAAGGAUUUGGCAGUCAGGAGCGACCCCAGAUGGAACGCCUUCGUUCUGUGGGACUCCUUAUACGAGAGAUAUGCUGUGAAACCACUGGAUGGAUUUUAAAAUUUCAGAAAAAUUAUACCGACAUCUUAUUAAAUAAAGGGUUUGUUCAUAUUUUUUCAAACAAUAAUUCGAAGAAAAAGGAAGCAAAUGACGAGCAAAGAAGGUAGGUUAUAAAUAGAUACGAAUAUGCAAAUAUUAGAAAUAAAUCAUUUUCAGUAGAUGCGGAAUACAAAUUUCAUCUAUUGAGUGAAAAAAAAUUAUUUAAAAAACGAUAAAAGAACUUAAAAAAAAUAACAUUAUAAAAAAAUAUUACGUUUUGUAGUUAUGUUUUGUAAAGAAUUAAAUUCCCUCUAAAAGUCAAUAUUAUUCUUUUUGCUACAUUGAGUAUUUUGUUAGUUACAAAAUUUCAAAAUGAAAAAAGCAAAUAAAAAAAACGUCUUACAAACCUACAAAAGCCAUUAUAAAAAGUUAUUUCAUAAUACAAUAAGUACCUCUGUUACACAGUGAAGUAUCAAUUUAUUUGACCUUAAGCAAAUAGGCACCUUAGACAAAAAUGUUUUUAUUGGGUGUCUUAUAAAACUGUGAAAAAGCUAUUAUAAUUAUGCGUUACCUUAUAAUAAACUUAAGUGGCAUCGCAAAUAAGUUAUUCUAUAAUAUAAUAAGUACCUCUACUCCGUUCUUACUUCUUUGCUGAUGCAUUGUUCAAAUAAGAUAAAAUAACAGAAGCUUUUUGGAUGGGAAAUUAUAAAACAAGGUGUUUUGGUAUUUACUGGGCAUUUUACAAAGCUCUCAAUACCAAUUGCCUUACAAAACUACAAAAAGCUGUUACAAAAGGUAAAGUUUCUUAUAAACUUCUUAAUAAACAUCCUUUGUCUUAGAGCUUUAUGAUAAACAAAAGUGGCAUUGCACAAAAGUUAUUUUAUAAUAUAAGUAUUUGUAUUACAUAUUUGCUUUUGAAGUUAAGCAACGGAAACUUUUUGGAUGCCAUAUUAUAUAGAUAUUUCGGGUAUUUAUUGACUGUUUUACACAACGUGCAAUACUAAUUGCCUUACAAAACUCUAAAAACUGUUAUAAAAUGUGUGGUUAUAUCUUUAUAAUAAACAAAAGUGGUAUUGAAAGUAAGUUAUUUUAUAAUAUAAUAAGUACGUGUUUUACAUAUUUGCUUUUUUGUUGAGCAUCGAAAUGUGAAGUAAUUAAAAGAUAUUCAGCUGAUUUAAGCUUACUCAAAUAAGGUAAAGAAAUGGAAACUUUUUGGAUGUAAUAUUAUAAGACUUAAGGUGUUUUGCCUUACAAAGCUAUGAAAGGCUAUGAAGUGCAAGGUUUCUUAUAAACCCCUUUAAAACAUCCUUUGUCUAAUACCCUUAUAAUAAACAACAGUGGCAUUGCACAUAAGUUAUUUUAUAACUUUUUUUGUUAGGUAUCGAAAUGUGGCGUGACUAAAUAAGAUGUUGACUUUAUUUAAGUUUAGUCAAAUAAGGUCUAUGAGUAUUUAUUGAAUGUUCAUAAAAAAAUUUAUGCUGAGGAUUGUCUUUUUUUUUCAAAUAAAAAAAAGCUGAUUGUCUUAUAAAACUUUGUAAAUAGUUAUAAAAGGUAAGG